AUGCUGAAGUAUUAUCAUGGCAACGAGCCCGGCCAGACCCCGGGAACACUGGAUAACACGUGGUGGGAAGCGGGCGCAAUGUUCAUGACACUGGUGCAAUACUGGCGUGUUAGCGGCGAUUCCUCUCACAAUGCCAUUACAACACAAGGGCUUCAAUGGCAGGCUGGAGAUGACCACGACUAUCUACCUGCCAAUAGCACUGCUUACCUGGGUAACGAUGACCAAAUGUUCUGGGGCCUCGCGGCCAUGACCUGUGCAGAGACGAAGUAUCCCGAUGUCUCUGAUGGGCCAUCGUGGCUGUCCCUCGUGCAAGGUGUUUUCAACAACCAAAUCCCGCGCUGGGAGAUGGAAACCUGCCAUGGUGGUCUGCGAUGGCAGAUCCACUCAUGGCUGCCCGGGUAUGACCUCAAGAACACGAUUUCCAAUGGCGGGUUGUUUCAGAUCGCUGCCCGCUUGGCUCGGUACACAGGGGACCAGAAGUAUGCCGACUGGGCAACCAAGAUCUGGGACUGGAUGGCUAGUAGCCCACUGCUAGAUACAAAGACGUGGAAUGUUGCCGAUACAACGUCUGUGACGAACGACUGUACGACUAAUGGCAACGAACAGUGGACAUACAACUACGGGACGUUGCUUAGCGGGGCGGCAUAUAUGUACAACUUUGUAAGUGGUUCCUGCUUCAAGACGAUACGAGGUAAGAGCCACGCUAAUACUAUGUCGCAGACAAACGGUGACCCGAAAUGGCUCGACGCCGUCGAUGGAUUACUCAACGCCUCCCUCCGAAUUUUCUUCCCGCCGAUGUAUAACAACGGUACGGUCCUGUCCGAGGUAUCCUGCGAGACAAUCGAGACCUGUGACAGGAAUCAGAUGUGUUUCAAAGGGUUCCUGUCCAUCUGGAUGGCCUACACAGCCACGCUGGUUCCGUCCACCGCGGAGCGGAUUACCCCCCGACUCCAAGGGUCGGCGGAAGCCGCAGCGAGGCAGUGUUCCGGCGGCGAGGAUGGGACCGAAUGUGGGGUCCGAUGGUACGAGGAUAAGUGGGAUGGGAAGAACAGUCUGGAGACCCAGAUGAGCUCGCUGAGCAUUUUUACUGCGAAUCUUAUGCUUCAGUCGGAUGAGAAGCCUGUAACUUCCUCCACUGGAGGCGAGAGCAAGAGUGACCCCGAUGCAGGGACUGGAGGCAAAUCGAGGAAGACUGAGCCACCCCGCAAGAUUACAAGCGGUGAUCGAGCGGGCGCUUGGAUUGUAACUUUACUGGUGGGCGUGGCAUGGAUUGCAAUCAUGGUGUGGUUGGUUUGGUAG